GCUAUGAGGAAGGCUGGUGUUGCCCAUAAUAAAUCCAGCAAAGAUAUGGAGAGUCAUGUGUUUAUGAAGGCCAAAACAAGGGAGGAAUAUCUUUCUCUUGUGGCCAGACUUAUUAUCCAUUUUCGAGAUAUUCACAGUAAGAAAUCUCAAGCCUCAGUCAGUGAUCCGAUGAAUGCCCUGCAGAAUCUAACUGGAGGUCCCCCAGCAGGGGCGCCCGGAAUGGGUAUGGCUUCCCGAGCUCAAGGAGCACCGAUGAGUGGGAUGAGUGGCCUUGGCCCAAUGGGACAACAGAUGAGUCUCCCAGGGCAGCAGCAGCCUCCUGGAACCUCAGGAAUGGCCCCUCAUGGUAUGCCUGGUGUCUCUACAGCUACUCAGCAGACCCAACUUCAGCUUCAGCAGAUAGCUCAGCAGCAACAGCAGCAGCAGCAGCAAUUCCAGCAGCAGCAGGUGGCUUUGCAGCAGCAGCAAUUCCAGGCCCAGCAGUCAGCCAUGCAACAACAGUUUCAGCAGCAGCAGCAGCAACAACAGCAGUUGCAAGCCGUCCAGCAGCAGCAACAGCACAUGCUGAAACUGCAGAUGCAGCAGCAGCAGCAAAACCAACAGCAGCAGCAACAACUACAGCGAAUUGCCCAAAUGCAGCAGCUGCAGGCCGCACAGGCUAUGCAGGCACAACAGCAGCAGCAACAGCAGCAACAAAUACCACAACAACAGAUACAGCAGCAGCCACCUCAACAAGUAAUGCAACAGCAGAUGCAACAGAUGCAGCAGCAGCAGCAGCAACAGCAGCAACAACAACAACAGGUUGCUCAGGCACAACAAUCUCAACUUCCACCACAAUCCCAGCCGCAACCCCAGCCCAUGGUAUCUCAGCCACAGGCAAUCUCAGGACAAAUUCCUAGUCAGGUUAUGCCUGUUACCCUUACGCCACAGCAAUUAAAAGCAAUGCAGCUGGUCCAGCAGCAGCAGGCAGCAGCAGCAGUGCAAGCAGCUCAGGCCCAAGCUGCUCAGAUGGGAGCUUCAGGGCAGAUGAUCACCGCACCUAUGGCCCGAGGUGGGAUGCAAAUAAGACCACGGUUCCCGCCUACCACCGCUGUGUCUGCUACGCCGCCAAGCUCCAUUCCUUUGGGCGGACAGCAAAUGCCACAGGUCAGCCAGAAUAAUAUUACCAUGAUGUCAUCCCCAUCUCCUGUCCAACAAGCUCAAACGCCCCAAUCAAUGCCUCCACCACCACAGCCGCAGCCAUCUCCUCAGCCAGGCCAGCCAACUUCUCAGCCAAAUUCAAAUGUCAGCUCUGGCCCAGCUCCAUCACCCAGCAGCUUUCUCCCCAGUCCAUCUCCACAACCAUCCCAGAGCCCAGCAGCUGCACGAACACCUCAGAACUUCAGUGUCCCAUCCCCAGGUCCUUUAAACACUCCAGGAAAUCCAAAUUCUGUCAUGAGUCCAGCCAGUUCUAGCCAGUCAGAGGAGCAACAGUACCUGGAGAAACUCAAACAGCUAUCAAAAUACAUUGAGCCACUCCGGAGGAUGAUCAAUAAAAUAGAUAAAAAUGAAGAUAGGAAGAAGGACCUGAGUAAAAUGAAGAGUCUCUUGGAUAUCCUAACUGACCCUUCAAAACGGUGCCCUCUGAAGACACUGCAGAAAUGCGAAAUUGCUCUGGAGAAGCUGAAAAAUGAUAUGGCUGUGCCUACUCCACCACCUCCUCCAGUGCCCCCCACCAAACAGCAGUACUUGUGUCAGCCACUUUUGGAUGCUGUUUUGGCCAACAUCCGUUCACCAGUCUUCAACCAUUCCCUUUACCGUACAUUUAUGCCAGCUAUGACUGCGAUUCAUGGACCACCAAUUACGGCCCCAGUUGUUUCCCCUCGAAAACGGAAAUAUGAAGAGGAUGAAAGACAGACCAUACCAAAUGUCUUACAAGGGGAAGUUGCAAGAUUAAAUCCUAAAUUCCUGGUGAACCUGGACCCUUCCCACUGCAGUAAUAAUGGCACAGUUCAUCUCAUAUGCAAGCUAGAUGACAAGAAUCUUCCAACCCCCCCGCCACUACAGCUCAGCGUUCCAGCGGACUACCCAGAUCAGAGCCCUCUGUGGAUAAAAAACCCUAGACAGUAUGCAGCCAAUCCCUUUUUGCAGUCAGUGUAUCGGUACAUGACUUCAAAACUAUUGCAACUUCCAGACAAGCAUUCAGUCACGGCACUCUUAAACACCUGGGCACAAAGUAUUCGUCAGGCCUGCCUCUCUGCUGCAUAACAUCUCACUUUCUAAGUCAUGAAGUAAGAAAGAAGGUCUCAACAGCUGGCCUCUUCCACAUGCCACUUGAAAAUGACAUUUUGGGGAGGGUACUUCAGAAGAAAGAAGCCUUAUGUUGUUUUGUUUCUAGGUGUCAGGUUCAGUAGAGAACUUGAUGUUAGAUUUAGCUUUCAUGCUUUUUAUCUUCUGCCUCUGUGGACUUUUGCCAGCAUUUUCAGCUAUACAAAAUGUGUAUAUAUGGUUCUUGAGACUGUAUUAGGAUGAGUUUUUAUUGUCUUCUUAGAGAAGAAAUUAUUUGUGGACUUCCAUCAGGGAGUCUGGUAUAAGAGGGAGUAAGGAGAGAAUGUCCUAAUUUGCUUCAAAGCUUGCUCAGUGCCAGUAUUCUUUUCACACUGUAUGUUUUGUGACCUGAUACUGCCCCAGAAAUAAAUUAGCUGCAACUAGAA